CAAGAUGCAACUACUGGACCAACAUCCGCCACGCAGCCGCGGAACAACGUGCGUGGAUUGAAUGCGGAAAGACGGUUAAUGAAUUAGAAUUGGUAUUGGGUUAGCAUUUAUCUAAAGAAACACUGCAAUAAAUUGCUAUCAAAAAUAACUGGGAUACCGGAUACCCAUAGCUUUAUUCGUUUUGAUACGUUGAUCGAGUUGACUCGAACAAUAUUUGAAAAUGUCACUAGUUUGUGCAAUCUCGAACGAGGUGCCAGAGCACCCGUGCGUGUCCCCGGUGUCGAACCAGGUGUUCGAGCGACGAUUGAUUGAGAAGUACAUCGCGGAGAACGGAGCAGAUCCCAUGAACGGACAACCUCUGUCCGAGGAGCAGCUUAUUGACAUCAAAGUCUCUCACCCCAUCAGGCCCAAGGCUCCCUCUGCCACCAGUAUCCCAGCUAUCCUCAAAUCGCUGCAGGAUGAGUGGGAUGCAGUGAUGCUCCACAGCUUCACCCUGAGGCAGCAGCUGCAGACCACUCGGCAGGAGCUUAGCCACGCCCUCUACCAGCACGACGCCGCCUGCAGGGUCAUCGCUCGCCUCACCAAGGAGGUCACCGCCGCCAGGGAGGCCCUGGCCACCCUGAAGCCACAGGCGGGACUUAUCACCACCCAGGCUAUCUCUGCUCAGCCCUCUAGCACGUCUGGUGCCGGGGAACCUAUGGAGGUCAACGAACAGGUGGGCAUGACCGCAGAGAUCAUCCAGAAGCUGCAAGACAAGGCCACUGUGCUGACCACAGAGAGGAAGAAGAGAGGGAAGACUGUCCCAGAGGAGCUGGUCAGGUCUGAGGACCUCUCCAAGUACAGACAAGUGGCCACCCAUGCUGGCCUCCACAGUGCAAGUAUUCCUGGUAUCCUGUCUCUAGACCUCUGUCCCUCUGACACCAAUAAAGUUCUCACCGGGGGAGCUGAUAAGAACGUGGUUGUGUUUGACAAGAGAGAGGAGCAGAUCGUGGCCACACUGAAGGGACACACCAAGAAGGUCACCUCGGUCAUCUACCAUCCCUCUCAGUCGGUGGUGUUCUCAGCCUCUCCAGACAGCACCAUACGGGUGUGGUCCGUUGCCGGGGGCAACUGCGUCCAGGUGGUGCGAGCUCACGAGGCGAGCGUGACAGGGCUGUCCCUCCAUGCCACCGGAGACUACCUGCUCAGCUCCUCUGAGGACCAGUACUGGGCCUUCUCUGACAUCCAGACGGGUCGUGUUCUGACUAAGGUUACCGACGAGGCUGCGGGAUGUGCUCUGACGUGCGCUCAGUUCCACCCUGACGGCCUGAUCUUCGGGACGGGCACGGCAGACUCUCAGAUUAAGAUCUGGGACCUGAAGGAGCGCACCAACGUGGCCAACUUCCCCGGCCACUCCGGCCCCGUCACCUCCAUCGCCUUCUCCGAGAACGGCUACUACCUGGCCACAGGGGCCCAGGACAGCUCCAUAAAGCUGUGGGAUUUGAGAAAGCUGAAGAACUUCAAGACUAUCGCCCUUGACAACAACUAUGAGGUGAAGUCCCUGGUGUUUGACCAGAGUGGAACCUACCUGGCCGUCGGAGGUUCUGACAUCAGAGUUUACAUCUGUAAGCAGUGGUCCGAGGUCCUCAACUUCACAGAACACACUGGGGUGGUGACGGGUGUGGCAUUCGGGGAGCACGCUCAGUUUCUCACCUCAACUGCCAUGGACAGGAGUCUCAAGUUCUACAGCCUGUAGAGGUCAGGGGUCAAACCAGUAGUGCUGAUCUCUGGAGGAAGCGACGUUGCUACAACGGAUCAGAAGGGACAUGGUUCAAUGUUCCAUUCUGAUAUAGAAUCCUAAUGUAUAGAACAGUGGAUGGGGAUGAUCAUUUAAAUUUAAAAAGAUAACAUAUCUGCUCUAAACCUCCCAUAUCCAUCUGCCACAAAGUAAAUACACCUGCAAUGUGAUCAGAGGUCUGUUUCAUAAAACUAGUUUACCGAAUAAGCCAGGCUUAUGUCAGAAAGUCUGACUAAUUUCCAGUUGAUUCGUUCCAUAAAGCCAGUUCAAUUUAUUUCAAGUUCAGUCACCAUGGCAACUUAUGCUGCAAAAAUAACCUGGUCUGGUGCAGGCGAACUGUGUGGCUCAGCCUCUGGUUUCUCGACCAGAUGUUCCUGUAACACUGACCCUGCGCUUUGCAGCGGUGGAUCGAUUUUGAUCCACGUUCUACCCCUUGGGCUGCUUAAGAAGAGCGUGCACCUGCAAUUAUCUUUACUGCGUGAACCUGGCUUAAAUGAGUCUGAUUACACAAACUACAAUUGGCUUUUAUUGGAACUGCUUUAGCCUGACUGAUUUGUUGUUCAUUAAAGUCUUUGAGCGGGCUUCAUGGAACAGGCCUCAAUUUAGGCUGACUAUCAUUAACACACCCUAGCCUGUAUCAUAACUACAAGCACAAUCCUGUAAUAUAUUAUUAGCACUGUCAAUAUAAGACUGAACAUCUAAUAGGCCUACAUAAACUGGCUGUUAAGCAUACCAACAAAGAAUCUUGUCAAUAGAAACCUGCACACGGGGUACAUCUUCUCAUUCAUAACUGUUGUAGAUAUCUUUGCAGCUUGCUAUUUUUUCUGUUUGCCAUAUAUACCAGACUUCUUUAGUAUUUCUGUCAUUUCUAUAAUCUUGUUUUUUCUUUACUCUUAUGUUCCCACAAACCGAGUGUGAUUUAUUUGUUGUUGGUUGUAUUGCAUUUGAGAAAUGUAAUAGUUUAAAUCUUGCCUUUUUUGCCCACUUUUUUCAUUGUAUUACCGAAAAAAUCUCUCACUCAUCCAAAUAGUUGUAUUAUUCUUUAAUAAUGUCCAAGAGUGUUUACUCAAUCCAUGUAUAGAUUAAAAGGAUGU